AUGCCCGCUGCCACUCUUCCCCUGCGGGUGCUGCUGGCCGUGCUGCUGACGGGACGACUGCACCGCAGGGUGGUGGCGGUCGCAGACCUGCACGGCGACCUCGCACACGCACACAAUGUCCUGCGCAUGGCCGGGCUCAUCGAUGCGCAGGCGCACUGGCGCGGCGGCUCGGCCGUGCUCGCUAGCACCGGCGACAUCGUUGAUCGCGGCGAUGACACAAUCGCCCUCUACCGCAUGUUCGACCGCCUGCGCAGCGAAGCGCAGGCGGUCGGCGGCGAGGUCCACAACUGCGUGGGCAACCACGAGAUGAUGAACGCUCUGCACGACUGGCGCUUCGUGACACCCGGCGACCUCGCGUCCUUUGGUGGGGCCCAAGCCCGUCGCCGAGCCAUGUCCGAGAAGGGCUGGAUCGGUCAGACCUGGCUCGCCAACUACAGCAUCACAAACACGGUGCCCCUGCUGCCGCCGGAGCAGGUCGCUCGGGCGAAGCUACCAGAGUCCUACCAGGUGCCGCAUGCAAACUUUGUGCACGGCGGCAUCACACCGGCGUGGGCAGCACGGGGUACAGCCCACAUCAACGCCGUCGGCCGCAGCUUGCUGCUCAAGGCGUACAAAAACGAAGACGGCACGUACCUCCCACCAGGGACGACGCCAGAAGAGCGGAGCCUGUACUCGGAGGACGGUCCGCUGUGGUACCGUGGCUAUGCGACAGACUCGGAGCGGCUCGUCUGCAGGCACGCCGAAGAGGCUGCGCGCUUGCUGGGCGCGAAGCAUCUCGUCAUGGGACACACGCCUCACUUCUCGGGCUUCGUCGUGCGCUGCGACGCGAGCGUGCUCCUCAUCGACACGGGCAUCUCGCGCGCCUACGGCGGCGAGCAGUCUGCGCUGAUCAUCGACACAGAGCUGCAGCACCUCGGCAAAGGCCGCUGGCGUGAGAAGGAGGUUCUGCAGGCGCUAUACAAGGGGCGCCUGCCACGCAUCAUUGCCGAGACUGAGCGCGUCAUCGAAUGAGCGCUGCAGGCUCCUCACCGUCGCGGCGUAAUAGAUAAUGCGAUUGCAGCAGAC